AUGAAAAAUUAAGAAAAAUAUUCAAUUCAUUAAAAAAUUUUCUUGGAUAGGCAAUACAAUACUAAUGAAAAAAAUAAGAAAAUUGGAUAAUGGUCUGCAAGCUAUGGUCAAAAAAUAAAAAAAAAAUGUAAGAGGAUUUUACGGAUAGAAUGGAAAAAAAUUGGCAAAUGGACCGAAUUAUAUGAAGUAUUUAUAUUUUUAAAAAAACAUAGAGUUUUUUAAUUGGGAAUUAUAAAUUAGCAAAAAUAUUCAAAAUGGAUAAUAAGAGAAAAAAAUUAGUCAUGUAUUAUAUUAUAUAGUAAAAUCAAUAAAGUGGGGAGAUAUUGUUGGUAAGAUUAUAUUAUGAAAACUUUAAAUUAAUGUACACAUUUAAUUAAAUUAAAGAGCUGGUGGAUGUUAUAAUAAUUAAGGAAAUAAGAAUGAUUUAUGGAUUGAUUUAUCAAGGAAUUUUUGGGAGUAUAUUAAAUCUAAUAAAUUAGAGAUAUAUUUAAUAUUCUAAAUUUUUAUUAUAGAUUCUCUCAAACAAAAUGAACACAACUUAAAUUAACAUUCACAUAAAAAGUUAAAAGUAAUCGAUGAUAUAAGUUUUGAGGAAUUUGCAUUAGAUGAAAUUAUUCCAUAAAGCAGUGCUGACAUUGAUAUAAAACAUUGA